AAUGUUUUAAUGCCUAAUUAAAUUCCAUUUCUUCUUACCUAGUUUUACAGUAUAUAUAUCCGAUAGCGGAAUAGUUUUUCACACAACGUCCGAGUAAAAGUAGUUACUAAAUGGAUUCAUUUCUACUUUCAAUAAGCGCCUUGUGUGUUUUUAUAAUUUAUUUAAGUUCUCUAGCAGAUGGAAGUGGUAUUGGAAUUAACUACGGAUUAUUGGGAGACAACCUCCCUCCUCCAGACCAAGUCACAACCCUCUUAAAGUCAAGAAACAUAUCACAAAUUCGUAUCUUUAGCCCUGACCACAACGUUCUUAACGCUCUACAAAACUCCGGAAUUCAAGUGAUCAUUGGAACCUUCAAUCAAGAAGUAGGUACUCUUGCAGGAGAUAUCAACUUUGCAAAAGCAUGGGUACAAACCAACAUUGUCCCGUACGUACAAACAAUCAAAUUCCGUUGCAUAUCCAUUGGUAAUGAAGUCAUCCCAGGUGAUAUGAAUUCUUUAGUGUUCCCGGCGAUGCAAAAUAUGAAUGCAGCUUUACAAUUCUUUAGUCUUUUUCAAAUUCCGGUGAGUACAACUGUCGGGAUUAAUGCACUAGCAAGUUCAUCUCCUCCUUCAACUGGAGAUUUUUCAGGUGAUGUCAAGCCUGCAAUCGAACAGAUCGCAUGUUUCUUAGCUAACAACGGUUUCCCACUUUUGAUCACUGCAUACCCUUACUUUUCUUACAUCCACGAACCAAGUUUAAUUCAAUUACCGUUCGUGUUAUUCACCUCUCCUGAUAUUGUAGUGAGAGAUGGAAAUCUGGGGUACAAGAAUAUGUUCGAUGCCAUGGUUGAUGCGGUUUACUCCGCAUUGGAAAAGGUUGGUGCAAGUGGUGUUGAGGUGGUGAUUUGUGAGAGUGGGUGGCCGUCACAAGGGAAUGGUGAUUUCACAACAACUGAACUGGCUCAGACCUAUAAUCAGAAUCUUUUGAACCACGUGCGUGGUUCUGGUACUCCUAAGAAGCCCGACAAGAAUGUGGAGACAUAUGUUUUUGCACUUUUUAACGAGAACCAAAAGGAUCCAGGGGUCGAACAACAUUUUGGCUUGUUCAAUCCAGACAUGACUGAAGUGUAUCAUGUUGAUUUUUAAGUAGAUAUAGCAAUUGAUCAAUAAUGUAACUUUAUUAUUGUGUGAAGAAUUGUAAUUGAAAAGGGAAUUGUAGUUCAUGAAUUACAAUCUAUUAUGGGGG